AUGCCGAUUCAGAAGAUUAAAGCUCGUCAAAUAUUCGACUCAAGGGGUGAUCCGACUUUAGAAGUGGACAUAAUCACAGACGUUGGAUUACUAAGAUCCUCGGUGCCGGCUGUUCUAAUACCAAGCCCUAAUCAAGCUCAGGAGCUAAGAGAUGGAAACGAAGCCAUGUAUCAUGGACGAUCGGUGUUCAGAGCUGUUGACGUGGUGAACAACAUAAUUGCACCGCAACUGCUGAAGUCGAGGCUGGAGGCUUGCCAGCAAAUGGAAAUAGAUAGCUUGCUAAAUCGAUUAGAUGGCACUGAGAAUAAAUCAAAACUAGGCGCGAACGCAAUCCUUGGUGUUUCCAUCGCCUGCUGCAAAGCUGGUGCCGCAAAGAAAGGACUUCCAGUUUACAGAUAUAUUGCAGAAUUAGCAGAAAAUGGAGAACUUUAUCUGCCAGUUCCGAGUUUUAACAUGAUCAGUGGUGGCAGACACGCUAAUAACACGAUACCUUGUCAAGAAUUUAUGAUCUUACCUAUAGGAGCUGAAAGUUUCGCUGAUGCUAUGAAGAUGGGCACAGAGGUGUACAGAGUACUUGAGCAGAAGAUCGCCGCUGCUCAAGAGAUUCAAUUACCACUUCCGACCAGUGAUGAAGGCGCUUUUACUCCUUUAGAAUUAGAGGAGGAUAAAGAGGCUGUAUUGCUAUUAGAUGAAUCCAUAAAAGAAGCAGGAUACGAGGGGAGAAUUAAAAUAGCUCUGGACAUGGCAGCCAGCGCCUUUUAUAAAGAAGGUGGAUACGAUUUAGCGUUCAAAACAGAAGAGUCUGAUCCUGACGACUACAUGGAAGCAGAAGCACUUAAGGAUCAGUACUUGGAGUUAUUUUCAGAAUUUCCAUCUAUCGUCUCGAUCGAAGAUCCGUUCGACCAAGAUGACUGGGAGGGUUGGCUCCAAUUGGCCGAUCAAGAGAUCCAAAUCGUUGCAGACGAUUUAACAGCGAUGAAUAUCGAGAGAAUCGAGGAAUCAAUCGAGAGACAAAUGGCGAAUGCUGUUAUAUUAAGAAUGUCGCAAAUUGGAACUGUCACGGAGGCAAUCAAUUGCGCAAAAGUAGCAAGGAUCAGCGAUUGGGGAUAUAUCGUGACAGCUUGUCAAGCUGAAACUGAGGACAACUUUGUAUCUGAUUUAGCCAUCGGAUUGUCUGCUGGACAAUUUAAAGCUGGAGCACCAUGUAGAUCCGAGAGAGUUGCCAAGUACAAUCAGAUAUUGAGAAUCGAAGAGGAACUUGGAAAAGAUGCAAAAUAUGCUGGCCUCGACUUCAGAAGUCCUUUAGCCAAAUAA